UCACAAUUCAGAUUUCAGCAUUUCAGUUCAGUCGGUCUGUUGAUGGUUGUAGGCGUAGUUCUUGUUUUCGGUGUUUCAAUGAAAAAAUCUUGUGCGUGUAAAUAAAUUUAUAACUUAAAAUCUCAUUUGACGUAUUCAUCAUUAAAUAUUUCACUCAUGAAAUGAAGUAUGAUUCGUGGUAAAAGUGUUUUUGCAUUUCUUUAAUUAAAAAUAAUGAUGCAUAUUAUCAUGUGAACUCACCGUGCGUGGAUGUGAUUCUACAUCAUUUGGAUAUCUGAAUAAAGGGUGUGAGAUCGCAGCCAGCAUGCAGCGCAGUCGUGUCGGCGGGGGUGGUGGAGGUGUGGGAGGGGGUGGUGGAGGGGGGUCGUACGACGGCAAGAUAGCCGGCCUCUAUGACCUUGAGUCGACCUUGGGCCGCGGCCAUUUCGCGGUGGUGAAGCUGGCGCGACACGUUUUCACCGGCGAGAAGGUCGCCGUCAAGGUCAUCGACAAGAGCAAGCUCGAUGAGGUGUCCAGGGCGCAUCUCUUCCAGGAGGUGCGCUGCAUGAAGCUGGUGCAGCACCCGAACGUGGUGAGGUUGUACGAGGUGAUCGACACCCAAACCAAGCUCUACCUCAUCCUGGAGCUGGGUGACGGCGGCGAUCUCUACGACUACAUCAUGCGUCACGACGCCGGCCUCAGUGAACAGGUGGCGCGAGAUUACUUUGCGCAGAUAGUGCGAGCCAUUUCCUACUGUCACCGGCUGCAUGUGGUGCAUCGGGAUCUCAAGCCCGAGAAUGUGGUGUUCUUCGAGAGGUUGGGUGUCGUCAAACUCACUGACUUCGGGUUUAGUAAUAAAUUCUACCCGGGCCAGAAAUUAGAAACCUCAUGUGGAUCUCUGGCCUAUUCUGCGCCCGAAAUCCUAUUAGGAGACUCCUAUGAUGCACCCGCAGUUGAUGUGUGGUCUUUGGGCGUCAUUCUGUACAUGCUGGUGUGCGGCCAAGCGCCGUUCCAGGAGGCCAACGACAGUGAGACUCUGACCAUGAUCAUGGACUGCAAGUACUCCAUUCCCAGCCACGUGUCGGAGCCGUGUCGUAGGCUGAUAUCACGUAUGUUGGUGCGUGAGCCGGAGAAGCGUGCCACGCUGAGCGAGAUCACGGCCGACCCUUGGCUGGAGGGGGAGGGGGAGGAGCAGGUGGACCUGGCCGUGCCUCUGGUGUCGAGGCAUCACCUCUCAGACGAUGACCACACCCUCAUCCUGCAGAAGAUGAGCAACGGCAACAUCGCCACCAAGGAGCAAGUGCUCGAAGCACUGGACAAGAACGAGUACAAUCAUAUAACGGCGACCUACUUUCUGCUGGCGGAAAGGAAACUCAGGUCUCACGAACAACCCAAAGCUCAACCCAAGUCGGCCGGACGCGUGCCAACACUGAGAGUGGACUCUUGUGGAGAGAACGAGACUGUACCAGCUGGUAAAACCAACCAAUCACUGCUCUCAAUGUCACGGACGCCUGGUGACAUUGCUCCUCGCGCUAGGAAGUGCAGCAUAGUGACUGAGGAGUGUGACGAUGAGGAGGAGGAGGAGGAAGAGUGCUGUGGUGGGGCAGGGGUUGACGCGCACUCUCACGCUUCGGCGCACUCUCUGUCGCUGAACCGACGUGGCUCCCGGUCGGAGGGCAAACUGCAUCUCGCCGUGCAGGAGUUGCGGCGUGAGGCAGCCGCGCUCACUGUGCCUAUCAGCGUUAUCAGCGAGGCAUCAACAGCCCCCGAACCCCUGAGUCCGGCAACUAGUGCCGCUCACAAACUGGCCGUGGCCGCAGCCGCAGCUAAACCGGCGGUGACAACCGCAACCGCCAAAACGUUGCCAGCGCCGCUUGCCACCGCACUCAGUUCGCCGCAGCUUGGAGUCGGUCUGCUCAAAGAUGUCACCAGCAUCAAGGAGGUCGGGCUCAAGGACAUAGCGGAGGACAGCACGCGGGUGCCGCUGACUUCGUCGUCGCGGAGCGGCGGAGGCGGAUUCGUGGGCUACAGUGAGCAGCGACGCGGCAAGUUCCGCAAGACACGUACCGCCUCCUGCAGCUCGUCAGACGCCUCCGAUGAGGACUCCGAGGGUCGCAAGAAGCGCGCCAACAGCAACAAGUCGUUGCACCGCAGUCGCGACUUUCAGGAUCCCGGCGGUAGCGGUGGUGGCGGUGGAGGGGAAGGAGGAGGAAACAGUGGUGGGGGAAACCAAAAUGGUGGCGGAGGAGGAUCGCUGGGAGGGGGUUCGGAGAACAUACCACCUGAAGGGGCUGGAGGAGGGGGAAAGGAGGAGGACUCGACCAAUGGGAGUGGAGGAGGCAGGAGGACGGGCUGCUUUAAUGGGGGCGGAGGUGGGAGACCGCAUCGGCGGAGAGCGGGGGAGACACGGUUGAGGGAGAGUCAGUCGCUUAAUCGGAUUACCGAGGUUCAGGAAGCGCCCGAAACAGUAGCCACGCCCCCUCCGAAAGCCCCGCCCCCUUCGCCAACGCCCGGCUGCGAUGUGGUAGCCAAUAGGAGCACAGCUGGCAAGCGUAGCAGCGCGCUGAUUGGUCGUUACCUCAACUUGCAGCGCAAACUAUGUGGCAUGCCGUUGUGGGGAGGGGGAGGGGGAAAACAGCAUGGCGGAAGUGCGGCUAGUCGCUUGUGUAAAGGUGGUUCGCAGGUGAGCAGAGAUGGUGGCCGGGACACAGCAGCUGUGGCGGUGGCAGCAGGUCUGCAUAUUGGCAUGUGUCAUCUGCACAUCGACUGCACUGACAACAAGUGCUGACAACAGCUCACUGGUGAGCGGUAGAACAUGAUGUAAUCAUCAAUCCCAUUUCCAAACUGCUGGCAGGGAGGAGAGGGGUGGGGGCUCUUCUCCCCCUUUUACGCAAUAUUCGAACGCCGCUCUAAUACCAGAUAAUUAAAUUCGAAAUAGAAUUCACAAAAAGAGAGAAAUUAUAUUAAUCGUAAAUAUUAAGCACUGUCUUACCAACCGCCAUACUCUACACUUAAGAUAAAUUGUAAUUUAUUGUAUAAAAAUAAUGAAUAUUGGUUAAAAUAUUGUAUUUGUUACUACUUUGAUAAAAAAUAACUAUUGUAGUCCUACUAAUAUUCAGUUUUAAUAUUGUAAUUAAUUUUCUGAUGUGUUUUAUCAGAGUUUUUAUUUUUAAACGUCAACCGUAAAUCAUACUAAUCUGGUAUAUUUAUACUUUUGUUUUAACUCUGGGAACAAGUUGGUUUCUAUAUUUUUAUAUUUAAAUUUAUUUUAUUACUGUGUUCUGGGCUUUUGGUCAAAAGGUAUCAACGUUUUUAUCUGUCUUCAAAACUGGUUUUUAUUAUGAUUUAUUGUGUAUUUCACUAGGAACUUGAUUUUACAUCAAUAAAUGUUUUUUAUGAAUAUUAGUCUUCUAUUUUCCAUAGAGGAUUGAUUGGUAAAACUCAACAAAGUAGCAUUUCAAUUUUAGGGUGCCGGUAUUUUCCAAAAUAAUUGUAUGAGCUUUGUUUCUCCUGUAAUCCUCAUUUCUAUGAAUUAAAGUGGUUACUUUCUUGAUUGAUAGAAAUUAUUCGGUUUUAUAAAGGUGAAUAUUCAUGACCAAGGAUCCAGAGAACAGAACCUUGCUAUUACAUCACAAUUUUAUCCUUUAUGUUUAGCAAGAAAUCAAUAUGCUUGAAAGCAAUAUAUUACAAAAAGCUUUUGUAAAUUAGAAAGAAUAUUUAGCAUAUCUUGGUAUUCGAUAUCGAUAACACUUUAAUACAUACAUUAACCAGAGAUGGAUUUAUUUAAAUUUAAUAUACUGUGUAAAUGAAAUUUUGUUUCGAACUUUAAUAUUAAAAUCUUAUCCGAGUGAAUAUAUUCGAAUACACAAAUGAUAGUUUUCAAAUUUGUUUCAUCGAGAAGAUAACAAAUGUCUCAGUUUUUUCCAAUGUAUUUUGAAUCUUUGAGCUUUAUGCGAAUGAAAAUUUUAUCUCAGUGAGUCUGUGUGUGAUGUUUGCUAUAAAAUAUCAAAUGUUUUCAUUUAUUAACACAUUUUCAUCAAUAUUUACCAUUACAUGGUUAUUCUACAAAUAUAAAAUAUUGAAUCAUCUUUAAUUGUUUAUGCAAUUUAAUUAUAUUUUCUAAAUAAUCUAAUCAAAUUUUAAUAUUGGCAUUGUGCAAUACCUUGUCAUUCAUACCUUCAAGGUGAUCAAUUAAAAUGUAUUAUUACCAAAACUACUUUAUUUACUGUUUCAGAUAUAUUUCAUCAACUUUUGAUGUAAUUUUUAGAAAAUUGAAUUUACACUUGAAUAAUUGAAGGCUUUACUACUUUUAAAUAUAUAAUUCUAGGUGUAGUUGAUAUUCUCUGAAGUCGUUUUUUUAUAACUCUCACAGAUUUACAUGUUAUUGUCGAUGGGUUUUUAUAUUAAGCUAUUGAAUAAAUUAAGUAAAUGGAUAUGAAAACUAGUCUGAUAUAUUUCGUAUUUGCUUAGGAAAGAGUUUUAUUCUUAUUCUAAGAUGUGUCGAAACCUAUUUCAAAAUUGUUUGCGAUCCAAGAUUAAUAGUAUCCUAUCUUGAUAAUUUUGCUUCUACAGAAAAAUGUAUUCUUCAUCUUGCUUUUGAAAUCUUCUAUUUUUUCAAUUGUUUCCUAUAUCAAUAUUCUAUUCAUUUCAAAUCACUCUAAAUAUAUUAUAACAUAUUUAUAAAUUGUUAUAAUAAAUUAGUGCUUAUAACAAUUUACAAGCCGAAGUUAUAAAUUUGUUGUUUAAUUCUUCUUUCAACUAUGUAAUUUCAUAUUUCAAAAUAUUAUGUUAUUUAUUUUCUGUCUAUAUUGUACUCAUAUUCAGAAAUUCUCGUUCAAAUAUUCAAGUAACACAAUACUUUCUUCCAUAGGUUAUGAAGUAUAUAUUUUUUUAAAUAUUAAAUAAUUGGUUGAUAUAAUCCAUUUUUGGAUAUCCUUGUUCAAUAUGUGCUUGUGACAAUUACUAUCCUUCCUUCCACUAUAGAGUAGUCAAUAUUUUCAAAAAAAAUGUAUAAAAAUCAUAAGUUUAUAGCAUUUGCCGCCCAUCGAAAUUCUACCUACAUUCGUGAAAACUGUGUAAUUAUUCCUGAAAUUGUGUAAAUUUAUUCAUAAAAUUGUGUAACUUGCAGGAUAUGUUUGUGUGUAUGUGAGGGUACAUUGUGAUUUGUGAGCGUUUCUAUAAAAAUUGUAUUUUAUAUGACGAACAUUUCCUAAUCAGAUACUGAGUUUUUCUAUGAAUCAUCCAGCUAAAUCACGGUUGUUACUAUAAUGUGUCAAAUUUCAUUAGAAUUAUGAUACACAAUGUAUAAUUUUUUAUACAUAAUGUAUCAUUUGAUACAAAUCUAUCAUCGUCAUCACCUCUGAUUGUAUCCUGUAUAUUCCUUGUAGCUCUUGCUAAGUACAGUAUUAAUAUAUUUUCAAACGAAGUGUAUAGAGUAUCUUAGAUAAUCAGACUGUUAUUGUUAGCUAUGUUGUUGAACUUAUUUGUUUAUUUAUUUUCAAUAAUACUUGUAAUAAAACAAAGUAAUUGUUGGAUAAGA